UACAUCGACGACCUCGUCGCCAUUCCGGCGUUUAAAAGUCAUCGUCCACGUUGCGCUUGAACUGUGCAGGUGCGCUAAAAUUUGUGGCUGAUAUACGCAGAUCUUAUUUGAGGAACGCAGUGCAGUGAAAGGCUUCAGGAUGACUAUAAAGGAAAACCUGGUACGAAUGUCCAAGUAUGCAACACCUAACAUGGAACUCGUCCCACUCAAGGCACACAUGUUCCUUUUGUUUGGAGCCGCAGUCGGUGUCAUGCCUUUCACGUCACUCAUUGCCAAGCAACUCGGCAUAUCAGCUGGUCACAUCGGCAUCAUCAACACGACUCUCCUCUUUUUAUCAAUAGCCAUAAAGUUUGUAAUCGGAUCCAUCACAGACAAACUGCAGAAGCUUAAACUGGUCAUCAUUGUGGUCAUCGUCUUCGAAAGCAUCUUCCACAUCCUUAUAAUCACCCUGCCACCGAUAGGCGGAAAUGACGUCACUGAGAAUGUGAGCAUUUCAGGCUGCGAUAUGCACAACAGGACUUUCAGCAUCUGUCUAGAUGAGGCGUCACCAGCUUCGUGCGACGUUCAAGAGUACCACCAAUGCACACUAAGCUGCUCAGCUGAUUUCAGCGGCUCCGGUUCGUGGGACACUGAAGUACACUCGAAUGUCCUUUGUGAAAAAAAUAAGUGUGCGUUAGAACGCUUUCUACCAAACUCGUCCUUUGAAAAUGCGUGUGUGAUACCGAACCCCGCGUGUUCCGUGACGUGCACGCCGGUUACAAAGCCGAACCCGAUCUUUCGCGCGCAAUUUUGGCUCUUCGCCCUAUUCAGAAUCAUCUCUGGCAUGGGGUUCGGAGUAGCAAUAUCUUUAGCAGACACUGCAACGUACUCAAUACUCAAGGCCAAUAAGGAAGACUAUGGAAAGCAAAGACUGUGGGGGACAAUAGGGUGGGGUGCGAUGGCGCCGGUAGUCGGUCUUCUCAACGAUUUACUGACAAACGGUAGUUCGCACGUGGACUACUCACCUGGUUUCUAUAUCCUUGGCGCCUUCGCUGUGCUGGACAUCUUGGUACUUUUCUUCUUCUUGGACAUUCCUGCCACAAGUCCAUCCGAUCAACUCCUCAAAGACGUCAGCAGCGUACUGGCAAAGCCACGGGCAAUAUUCUUCAUCUUCUCGGUAUUCAACAUGGGCUGUCUCAUGGGUCUCAUCUGGAGCUAUGCCUUGUGGUACCUUCAAGACCUGGGCGCAUCAUCGACGCUUCUGGGACUAAAUUUGGCGGUUCAGUGUUUCGGCGGUGAGGUUCCGGUCUUGUUCUUCUCCGGAUGGAUUAUUCGUAAGAUUGGCUACGGCAAAGCGGUCAGCCUGUCCAUAGCUGGUGUUGUGCUACGGUUCGGUGUCUACAGCUUCGGAACAAACCCAUGGGCCAUGCUCCCCGUUGAAAUAACGCACGGACUUUGCUUCGGACUAGUCUACGCAGCCUUAACAACCUAUGCCAGUGUGAGUGCUCCACCUGGAACUGAGGCUACAAUGCAGGGGAUACUGAGUGGCACCUUCGAAGGUCUAGGUGUUGGCACUGGAACUCUGGUUUGUGGACAGCUGUUCAACUUAGUCGGAGGACGCCAGACAAUGUACAUCUUCUUCAUCUACUCUGUAGUAUGCUUAUUGGUUCACGUAUGCGCCGACUUCUUCUUGAGCAGAACUGCAACGAAAGAAGCCGUGAAAGCACGCACCGUUAUGGUGGAUGGAUCCGACGCAGCUAUAGCAUUGCAGUCGGACAGCGAGCGCCUGUCUUCAACAGAGAAGUCGAGCGCAGCAAAUGGAAGUCCCUUUCUCACGUACGAUAACAGUGCAGCUCUCAAGCAUAACGGAACUACAAACUACGUCAUAGCUUAAUUAUGCGGUUGGUAGAUUCCAUCAUCGUUCACAAGUGAACGCCGCUUGUAUAUUUACAUUCACAACCACAAGGAGGGCAGAGAAGGGCAUUGCACAGGAGCUUUCAUUGACUUUCACAGAAACGGUAUUAAUUUUGCGUGACCCCGUGCAUUCCGCCUUCUACAAAUAUUGCCUUCUAAAGUAUCAUGGCACAGUGUACACUACGGUGUAUGUCACCCCAAUGUGAAACUAAAUAUCAGUAAUGCCGUCAGUGAGCAAAUAGAUGAGGUUGUUUUCCCGUUCACACACAUACUACAAGCACCUGGCGUGGCUAAGGGAGUUGCUGCUUUUAUUUUCUCGUCGCUGUUAAUUACGUCAGUACAUCAAGGUAUUCAAAGUACGUAGGCCAAGGCUUUCCUACACUGCGUGAGGUUCAUGUUUGGUUAAUAUGCUUUGCCGGAUGUUCCUGCGUAUUUAGUCUGAUUCGGCUACAAAAUUAAAUUUUGCCAAUGACACUGCGUCAGAAAGUGCCAAGAAACGAAAGAAACAAGUCGCUAUUUGAUGACUAUCACUCAUAUGGUAACGCUCGACAGGCUAAGCAUGAAUAUAACAUCAUGCUGCUGUAAAAGCUGCUGUAUAUUACUUGAAGUAGAAGACGACAUUACCUUGAGGACGAAGAGACUCACAAAGACGACAUGAACAACUAGGCUAAGCAUAGGCUAAGUAUCGCUGCCUGUGCAUGCAACCAGUGCGUACGUAUAUAAGCAUACAAGGAGUCCAAACACCCAUGCUUGGCAAUGACGAGUACACAUAUACUCCGAGACAGCACAAGAGUUACAGUCAUAAAGGUAUAUCUCCGGCAGCGGAGAAUAUAGUUCGCAUGGUGAGAGUGGAGCAUACAAAAAGAUGGCGGACGCCGGGAAGACGUAAGAUUCGAUUUGCGUGUUUUAUUAUCCCGAACAUUUUAUGUAUUUGCUUUUAAAAGAAUGCGCACGUGCUCUAAGUACGUCGUCUCCGACGAAUAUUUUGAGACGUGAUCAGCGUAAAAGCAACAGUUUAAAUCAUAUACAGGCGCACUACGCAGUGACUCGGAGACGGCGUCCGAGACGGCGUCUAUAGAUUAGGACAUCUCGUCUUUAGAAAGGACAUCUUUAGAUUUGUGGGCGGAGUUGUACCUCUAGGAGUCAACUUGUCCCGAUGUUUACGCCACGGGAUUUCUAACUUAUGAGCCAUACUUGGCGGUAGCGUAUUAGCUCUGCAAAUACUUUACAAACCGUGUGGAAAAAAAUAAAUCUGUCAUGCGGAUUUACACUCACUACCCUCGAAUAAAUGUGCAGAUAAGCCAGCAUUUCUGGAACUGGAUAUACAUAUAUCAUUUCUCAUUUGUCAUAUCAGUAUGUCGCAGCUUGUGUUGUCAUGAGGUGAUAUAAGGUAUGGUAAGAAGGCGGAAGGAUACAAAUGAUAAUACUGGCGUAUUCUCAGCAAUCCUCGUUUCACUGUAUAAUAACGUGGAGGAAGUGUACAGGUGAUGUAUAUGACGCCCAUGUUGGUGGUACCUUUUGUACAGGAAUGAGCAAGAUUUUACUGAUGUACAUAAAUUGCGAAUAAAAUUCAGUAUACGCA